CGGCAAAGAUGUCUAAACAAAAUGAUACUUCCGUAUGGAGAUAAAAUACCAUAGCCAUAGCCCGGCGUGUGAAAGACACUUAAUUAAUGUGAAAUAACUAAAAAAAAAAGGUUGCUGUUUGAGAAUCCAAAAUGAAACGACCCACCCAUGAUUCAAUGCGGGACUAAGUGGUUUAGGGUGUUGCUUGCCCUGUGAUUGGCCUCUCAGGAAUGAAGCCCUAGGAGAACGUGAUAAGAGAUAUACGGGAAGAUGCCUGACAGACACAUCUCAGGGUAAACUAUUCUACAGCUCUGGCGCACUGCAGUGUCCUGCAACGCCAUUAGCAUUUCGGCGCUGUCCCCAGGAAAGAGAAUGUGUAGUUUCUUCUGGAGUCACCUUUUGUGUGUUCUAAUCACAAUCCGCUAACGAUUGCUAUCGAGCGUCGAAUACACGACAACAGUGAAGUAAAGUUGGGGCAAAACACACAGAAUCCGGGGGAGUAGAGAGCUAACGUCCAGGAUGAGUGGUGAAGAACUGAACCCAGCUGCAGUGGCUCAGCCGGUGGAGGAUGUACAAGGAGAUGGACGAUGGAUCUCACUGCACACAAGAUUUGUGCAGGAGUGUAAGGAUGCUGAACCAGAUGUGCUUUUUGUUGGGGACUCUAUGGUACAACUAAUGCGCCAGUAUGAGGUCUGGAAAGAGUUUUUCUCUCCUCUUCAUGCGCUCAACUUUGGCAUUGGAGGGGACACCACCUGUAAUGUGCUGUGGAGGCUGCAGAAUGGAGAACUGGAGAACAUUCAUCCUAGGGUGGUGGUCUUGUGGGUGGGAACUAACAAUCACCAACACACAGCAGAGCAGGUUGCAGGAGGAAUACUUGCUAUUGCACAACUGCUUACCUCCCGCCUCCCCAAGGCAAAGAUAGUUGUACUGGGUCUGUUGCCUCGAGGGGAGCGUCCCAACCCCCUGAGAGAGAAGAACACUGCCAUUAACGAGUUCCUGCGCUCCUGGCUGCCGCGAUUGGGCCAGGUUCAGUUCCUGGAUGUUAGUGGAGAGUUCAUCCACUCUGAUGGGACCAUCAUCCCACGGGAUAUGUUUGACUUCCUUCACCUGACGCAGACAGGGUACCGUACUGUGGCCAAACCCCUCAGUGACCUGCUGCUUCAGAUACUGGAGGAGACGCCGGAGGAGAGACGGGCGGCACUGGUUUGAGGGCUGUGGGCAAACAGCACGUUUAUCCUGAGGCAUGUCUCACCCACUGCUGUGGGAGCUGGGGGGGAGACAUGUCUCUGGUAUCUGAAAGAGGAAGGUACCCUGAUGGGAGUGGGCACAUGAGGGGUGUGGGAUCACAUUCGUGUGUGGAGAAGUGCUGAAGGACAGAGGCCUCUCUACCGACAUAGACACUGUGAGUGUAGUAGUAAGCUCUAUUGCUAAAGGACCAACAGCGGUCAGACUGCUCUGAAUCAUUGGCAGAUGGGGUAUAUUGACAUCAUGUGUGACUUCAGUGGCACAUACACACACACGCACAGAUUAAUUUUGGCCUGUGGGUGAAAUGAGCGUUUCCUUAUGUCAUUGUUGCCACGGAGACAUGAUACAAAACAGGAAAUCACAAUGUAAUUUUGUCUUCAUUUUUUUUGUUUGAUGUCUACAAAACUGUUAACUUUGCAUUCUCUCUGUACAGUACACAGCAUACAGAAGGCAGAUUGUUAUCCAGCAUUGUACAAUGUUUGGAUUGUGACUGGGAUGCUACAGAGCAGUGGUUCCCAACCUGGGGGUCAGGGUCCCCAAGGGGGUGCAAAGAAAUAUCAGAGGGAGUCGCAAUAUAUUUUAAGGAAGAAUAUUUUUAUUACACAAAACAAUGUGUCUUUUUUCCUGAUGUUUCUCUUUUUUUUUCUUUUUUCCUCAUGAAACAUUGGAUGCUCAAAUCUCUUCAGGCUGCUAGAAAUCCUAACAAUCCAAAAAGUGAAGAUCACUCCUUGCUUCCUUUUGAGCAUCCACAAGUCAAAAAGGUUGGGAACUGCUGCUACAGAGGGGCCACGAUGCACACUAUGUAAUACACUGAGCAGUAUUAUAAAAUAUGAUGAUUUUGCUUAAUGUGCGAUCCUGCGAAGCAAACGGCAUUUAAAAAAUUUUACUGUGGUAGUUUUGUCAGUCCAGUUCUUUAUGUGUACUCAUAUACUCAGCCAGGUAAGGAACACACAGUCUACUAAAUGUUAAUUUUUUGUGAGCACAGUGUAAGUAUGUAGGCAUAUUUACUAAUUGUCCAUCAGUAAAAUAUAAUAAACAGUGGAUAUGUGGAGGGGCCACACUAGAUCACUACUUCAUUCCUGCGUCACCUGAAACAACCAAAACCUGGCGCUGUGUUCGCUGCCUGCUUGUUUUAAGGUGAGCCUCAGCUUUGCAACGUGAGCCAGCGUUUCUGCAUUAAUUGAUUGAAUAUCAAAGUGAAGCAUUCAUACAUGCUCAUUAGUGAUGUUACGCUGUUUAAUGUAAUUAAUCGAAUCUAAUUUCUUCUUAUCUCAAGAAGUCUUCUAAACACCCCCAACCCUACUGCUUACAUUCAGUGUUCCUGUGACAUCCAGAAGAUGUUUAAUUUUUUAUUUGUAUAAUUUCACCAUUCACCAAUAGAUUUAGUGUGACUUUUCAUUUUAAAUGUAUAGAAAUGUAACAAUCUGUCCCUAAUGACUUUUGGACAGUGUCUAUAGUACCUGUUAAAGGGCAUUUUUGACUAGAAAAAAUAUUUUAGUGCCUCAUUUCAGGCCGUGAUAUUCCAGUGGUUGGUUGUGCGGUAGCACUGUAGUGCAACAUUGCACUUGAUUUUACUUUUUACAACAAUGUAAAGAACAGUUGAGAGCAAAAAAACGGUCAUCACAUUAGUUCCAGUCUUCCUGCCUUCAUUUUACAUACUAAUUGUAACACAAAUUAUUUACAGAUACUGGACUGUACAUGUAUAUACAGAAUUUUACUCUAAAGUACAUAUGGUUUCUCUUCUCACCUCUUUGUUUCUGCUGUUGUAUUUGGCAUUGACCCCAGGACCUGGCACUUCUACACAGUAGUUAUUGAAUACCUUUAAGUAGCCACAUGGUUAAGCUGCUACAUAUGCUAUAUAGCCAUAUAGCUAUUGAAUAUUAUCGUGCUAAAUGCUAAAAAGCAAUCACACCUCAUGUCAAGACAACCAUUCAUGUGUGCACUUGCACUGUAGCAGUUUCUUUUUGGCUUCUAUUGUGCUACGACUGGCUGAAAGUUUUCUGUCAGGCAUCAAAUUAUGUGAUGUUAUUGCUAAAUAUAAAUAGUGUAUGCUUAUGUGUGCCUUAAGUGUUCAUGGGGAUGGCUGUGUUUCUACAGUGUCUAGAAAUGGCCCCAGUUGUAAAUAAGACGUGAAGCUUGAGAUAAUGAUGUUUGCAGGAGGGUCAGGUGGUUGGAGGCUGUUUGGUGCGAUACAAUAUUUGUACUGUUUUGGCUUGUCACAUUACUGAAACAAACAAAACAAGGAUCUAAUCCUGUGUUUGAGUGGUCUUUUUCUGUGAUCGUAUUUGAAAGUAGGCCUAAGAAAUAAAGACGCAUAAUUCUCAGUCACAGGGUUUGGAUAUAAACUGUAGCAGUGUGUGUUAGUGUUUCACAUUUACCAAUGGGGGAACCAAUGGGGGAACCAUGUCAUCAGAGAACUAAACAUUAAAGACACUAGCAAGG